AUGGAGAAGUGCCCCGACGGCACCUACUUGUACACACCACCCAAUUCCAAAGUCUUUCAUCCUGGCUCUUGCGGCUACUUCGACGAUGACGGACUCUGGAGAUUGAUUACUGAUCUUGCGGACAUCAAAGACCCUGACUACCAACCCCCCAGCAAGCCGCUCGUUCUGGCGGACCCGACAACGUGCACAUGGAAGAAACAGCUUUCGGAGAAUCACGAGGGUCGCGGCUUUGGCGGCAAAGCAGAGGUGUCCGGAAUUGCUGCUCAAGCACCUGUGGAUGUGGGAGCCAAUUUCGAAAUAGGAAGCACUGCGAACCUUCGCGCAGGCGUGGCAGUAUCUCCACACGUGAUACACCACUAUCUCAAUACCAAGGCGCUCGGUAUCAUUAUGAAAUGGAUCGAAGAUAAUAUGACAGCUAUGAUCGGUAACCAUCCUCAACAAAUCAAGGACUAUGGCGUCUGGGUCGUCAUGGACACAUGGGUGACGGAGGAGUGCGAUAUUGCCAUGUGGAACAAGACGGGCAGUACGACUGAUCUCGGAGCCGAACUCGGGGCGACAAAUAUCGGCAAACUCGGACUCACUACUUCGCGCGACUCCCAGAGCGAUAUGAACCAGCACAGAAUAUACAAUAAAUUGAAGCAAAGGAAGCCGACUGAUGGUUACCUGCGCACUAUGGCGCCGGCUGCCAUGGAAACGAUGCCAUAUAGAGAUGAGGAUGGGAACCUUCGUAAAGAAGGGAAGCUCGUCAACGAGAAGGGACAGUUUAUCGACGAGGAUGGGAAUGUUGUCGACAAGAAAGGGAGAUUUAUUAAUGAGGAGGGAGGGCUUAUCGACAAGGAUGGGAACCUGGUUGACGAGAAUGGGAGACUCAUCAACGAGGAGGGGGACCUUAUCGACAAAGAUGGGAACCUCGUCGACGAGGAUGGAAACAUCCUUGACAAGGAAGGGUAUCCCCUCGACAAGGACGGGAGUCGUUUGCCCGAUGGGAUGGUUUGGGAUAUUGACUUCGUCGGAUUUGGCAAGGACACCACCGGAGCCCAACAGGCGUAA